CUGAAUAUCAGUUGGAAUAAGUACGGGCAGCCCAUUGGACAUAAGUACAAUGAAUUUACAAGGUGGCUGGGCAUUUUAUCUAGGAAUGGGCGCUUAGCGCCUCUUGAUCACGAUAGUUGGCAUCAUGUGCCACUAUCUCACAAGAAUGAGAUUUGGAAUGAAGUGAAGAUCAAGUGGAAUAUCGACGAGGAGCGUCGAAAUUGGGUAAUGAAGUCCAUCGGAGCUUCAUGGAAGGAGUGGAAGAAGAGGUUAAAAAAAGAACACUACAAGCGAUAUUUGACUAAUGAGGAACGACUAGCUCACUGUCCUGAUCGAGUGGAGCCGACACACUGGAAGUGGCUCGUCACCUAUUGGUCAAGUGAUGAAGGACAUGCCCGCACUCAAAGGAAUAAAAUCAACCGCAGCAAGCAUCGUAUGGCCCACACUACCGGCUCAAGGAGCUUUGCUCAAGUGCGUGAAGAAGAGGCAAAGAAUCUUGGUGGAGAGUCUCCUGAUCGGGCAACGUUGUUCAUAACGACCCAUUGGAAGAAAGAUGGGAGUGUUGUGAACGAAGAGUCGGCUCAUGUUAUUGUAUGUAGAAAUUUAUCAAUCAUUGACAUCUUAGCCAAUAUUUUUCAUUAA